UGUCCCCUGUCCCUUUAAGGAGAAGGGCCGAGCGCGGCCGGAGAGCCGGCGUUGCCCCUACCCCGCCCGCGCCCUCACCCAGAACAGCUGCAGCCUCGGCCCCGGCCGCCCCCGGGUUCGCAGAGUCCGCUCGGGCUCCAGGCAGCCAGUCGCCAACAUGGUGAAGAUCGUGACAGUGAAGACCCAGGCGUACCCGGACCAGAAGCCGGGCACGAGCGGGCUGCGGAAGCGGGUGAAGGUGUUCCAGAGCAACGCCAACUACGCGGAGAAUUUCAUCCAGAGUAUCAUCUCCACGGUGGAGCCGGCGCAGCGGCAGGAGGCCACCCUGGUGGUGGGCGGGGACGGCAGGUUCUACGUGAAGGAGGCCAUCCAGCUCAUCGUCCGCAUCGCCGCCGCCAACGGGAUUGGCCGCUUGGUUAUUGGACAGAAUGGAAUCCUCUCCACCCCUGCUGUUUCCUGCAUCAUUAGAAAGAUCAAAGCCCUUGGUGGGAUCAUCCUGACAGCCAGCCACAACCCUGGAGGGCCCAAUGGAGAUUUUGGAAUCAAAUUCAAUAUUUCCAAUGGAGGUCCUGCUCCCGAAGCAGUAACUGAUAAGAUUUUCCAAAUCAGCAAGACAAUCGAAGAAUAUGCAAUUUGCCCUGACCUGAAAGUAGACCUUGGAGUUCUGGGAAAGCAGCAGUUUGACCUGGAAAACAAGUUCAAACCCUUCACAGUGGAAAUUGUGGAUUCGGUGGAAGCUUAUGCUGCGAUGCUGAGAAACAUCUUUGAUUUCAGUGCACUCAAAGAACUGCUGUCCGGUCCAAACCGACUGAAGAUCCGCAUCGAUGCCAUGCACGGAGUGGUGGGACCGUAUGUAAAGAAGAUCCUCUGCGAAGAACUCGGUGCCCCUGCAAACUCGGCAGUCAACUGCAUUCCUCUGGAGGACUUCGGAGGCCACCACCCUGACCCCAACCUCACCUACGCAGCUGACCUGGUGGAGACCAUGAAGACAGGAGAGCAUGACUUUGGGGCUGCCUUUGAUGGAGAUGGGGAUCGAAACAUGAUUCUGGGCAAGCACGGCUUCUUUGUGAACCCUUCAGACUCCUUGGCCGUCAUUGCUGCCAACAUCUUCAGCAUUCCAUACUUCCAGCAAACCGGGGUCCGCGGCUUAGCACGCAGCAUGCCCACCAGCGGGGCCCUGGACAGGGUGGCUAAUGCUACAAAGAUCGCUUUGUAUGAGACCCCCACUGGUUGGAAGUUUUUUGGGAAUUUGAUGGAUGCAGGCAAACUGUCCCUUUGUGGGGAAGAGAGCUUCGGGACCGGUUCUGACCACAUUCGUGAGAAAGAUGGUCUCUGGGCUGUCCUUGCCUGGCUCUCCAUUCUAGCCACCCGCAAACAGAGUGUGGAGGACAUUCUCAAAGAUCACUGGCAGAAGUAUGGCCGGAAUUUCUUCACCAGGUACGAUUACGAGGAGGUGGAGGCCGAGGGCGCCAACAAAAUGAUGAAAGACCUGGAGGCCCUGAUAUCUGAUCGCUCCUUCGUGGGGAAGCAGUUCCCAGUGGGUGACAAAGUUUACACUGUGGAGAAGGUCGAUAACUUUGAAUACAGUGAUCCAGUGGACGGAAGCAUUUCGAGAAAUCAGGGCUUGCGGCUCAUUUUUGCAGAUGGUUCUCGCAUCAUCUUUCGACUGAGUGGCACUGGGAGCGCAGGGGCCACCAUUCGACUGUAUAUCGACAGCUAUGAGAAGGACAUCGCCAAGAUCCACCAGGACCCCCCAGGUCAUGCUGGGCCCCCUGGUUUCCAUUGCUCUGAAGGUCUCCCAGCUCCAGGAAAGGACGGGGCGCACCGCACCUACCGUCAUCACCUAAGAAGACAGGCGGAUGCAGUACGUCUCUCCACCCCAGGACCCUCCAACGCAUCUGAUUGAAGAGAAUGGAUAGAAAUAACGUGUGUUCACCCAGGCUUUUUAGGAUUUGGUUUUUCCACUAACCAGUUUCUGAUGAAGGGUACGUUUGCAAAGCACUGCCAAUCGAGAUGCAUGGUAGGAGCCAUGUGGGAAAGGGGCAGAAAGGACCCAGGGCUUAUGUUAAUGUCAGUCCUUUUCUUUUUUGAUAUUUUUAUUGAUUUCAGAGAGGAAGGGAGAGGGAGAGAGAGAUAGAAACAUCAAUGAUGAGAGAAAUCAUUGAUGGGCUGCCUCCUGCAUGGCCCACACUGGGGAUUAAGCCCGCAACCCGGGCAUGUGCCCUUGGCUGGAAUCGAACCGGGGACCCUUCAGUCCGAAGGCCAACGCUCUACCCACUGAGCCAAACUGGCUAGGGCAAUGUCAGUCCUUUUCAUGCCCCUUCUCACUGCUGCUGUGUGGGUAUUUGCCUCCUUAGCACCAAGUUCUGUUUACACUACAAUGCGAGGUGGAGGUUGAGCAGUACGUCUCAGCAUUAGCUAAUGAGGCCACUUUUCAUCCUUAGGAUGUGCCAGUGAAAUGACAGUGCAACUUUCUUCUCCUUGGUGAACCUUUCCCCCCUUUAUUGUUUACAUGGAGUCCAGCAAAACACAAUUCCUGGUGCCUUCUCUCCAAUCAGUUCUUCCCUCAGAGUGAGACGUACUUGUCUACAGAUUUCUGCCUUGUUUUGCAACAUAGUCCUAUUCACGCAAAUAUUUUGGGAUAUUAAAGCAAAAUAAGCUGCUAUUUC